CCUAUUUGCUGCUUGCAAACACCGAACACUUCUUUCUCUUCACACAUACCAAAUUCCAGACGGUUACUUUCUCACUCUUUCUUAAAACCAUCGUCUCUCUCUCUCUCUCACCCUAUUCUAACUCCCAUCAUCCCCCUUUUCUUAUUAUUUUAGUUCUUAUUUUGUGUUCUUAGUUUCUCUUUCUCUCUCUCCCCCUCAAAGUUGACGGUAGAAUUAGAGACGACCCCUUCCUCCUCAGAUCUUUCAACUUAUUUUUGUUGCACAAAGUUUAGAUUUUUUUCGACGGCAGAAGAAUUAGAUGUUGAAUAAUAGAAGGAAAAGGUGAGGUGGGGCUGAAUUAUAUGGAUAGUCUCUGUUGCUUCAGCUCUGUUAGAGGGGUGGUUGGAGGGCAUUCUUCAAGUAACUCUGGAAAGGGCAAGAGCCAUCAGUCUACAACCAAGUAUGGCUAUAGCCUUGUUAAAGGGAAAGCAAACCACCCGAUGGAGGACUAUCAUGUAGCGAAAUUUGUCCAGUUCAAGGGGCAAGAGCUGGGACUUUUUGCUAUAUAUGAUGGACACUUGGGAGAUAGCGUACCAGCAUAUUUACAAAAGCAUCUUUUUUCAAAUAUCUUGGAUGAAAAGGACUUUUGGGAAGAUCCGUUCAUGUCUAUUUCUAAAGCUUAUGAGACAACAGAUCAAGCAAUUCUUUCUCACAGUCCUGAUUUGGGACGAGGAGGGUCAACUGCUGUGACUGCAAUUCUUAUAAAUAGUCAGAAAUUAUGGGUAGCCAACGUUGGAGAUUCACGAGCAGUUCUGUCAAGGGGAGGGGUGGCUGUACAGAUGACUACUGACCAUGAACCUAAUACUGAGCGGGGCAGCAUUGAGAACAGAGGUGGCUUUGUCUCAAACAUGCCAGGAGAUGUUGCAAGGGUGAAUGGGCAGCUUGCAGUUUCGCGAGCAUUUGGAGACAGAAACCUCAAAACACAUCUGCGAUCGGAUCCUGACAUCCAGUAUGCCGAUAUUAACCCAAAUAUUGAGCUUUUGAUACUUGCUAGUGAUGGUCUAUGGAAGGUAAUGGGAAACCAAGAGGCUGUAGAUAUUGCGAAAAGGAUAAAGGAUCCACAAAGGGCAGCCAAACAACUAGCCACUGAGGCAUUGAACAGAGACAGUAAAGAUGACAUUUCAUGCAUUGUAGUUCGUUUCAAGGGAUGAAAUAAGGAAAAAAACCUACUUGGGUUUUGGGUACAUAAUAUGGGGGUGCAGUUCCAUACCUACUUAUAUAUAUCAUUUUGGUAUUUUAUGGAGAAUAGCUUUUGCUCCUUCCCUUCUUGAUAUGUAAAAUUGAAGUUAUUGGAUUUUAGGUGGUGCCUUUUAGUAUUUCUUGAUUUCUUGGCUGUGUAGAUUCCAUACCAUAAUUUUUCUUUUGUAAUAUGCUUAAUGACCUGGAGUAGCAGUGUGAAGAUGAGCAUAGUUAUACACUCGACAUUUGUUUUAUGAUAUACUUCAAAUGACACUAGCUUGAGUUGCUUCAGCUGCAAUUCAAGUGAGUAUACCGAUGUUUGAGAUUUGUUUCAA